AUGUUCUAUGUGGAUCUUGCAACCUACUUAUAUAUAUAUUUAUCUAAAUUGUCCAAUAUAAAACUUAAAACGAACAAGCAUGGAGGUGAUAAGUGGCAAUUCUGCAAUAUUUUCAUUCAGUGGUUUCACAUACAAGGCAAAUUUGUAUGCGGACCUGACAUUUGUUUUUCUGUAAAAUGUCACCCAGCAAUUUGUAAAGAAAACGAGGAAGAAACACAAGGCGGCUGGUGCAAUUGUUGUGACGUCUGCACAACUAUUCUGCGAAAGGGAGAGAAAUGUUACCAACUUCUAUAUCUGGGUGGACCUCCAAGAACAGUUGUCUGUGCUGAAGGUUUGGAGUGCAUUAUGGGCGUGUGUGCUGAUCCAAACACAACAAACUAAACAAUUUUUACCCAAUGACGUUGUUAAAUAAACUAUAUUUACAAUGAA